AUGGGACACCGAGAAAUCCCCCCGGUCCAUGUGCCACUUCGAACAUCCAGUCGCAAACCGGCACGACACGACCCAAUGAACGCCCAGGAACAGCCCGGACUCGCAGAUCGGCGAACCUCGAAAGCCCAAAGGUUUUUCGGAACUGACAUAUCACUCCCUGAGGAACAUGGCGGGUGGCAGGAGGCUCCAAAUGUACACCGACCGAGCUUUAUCAAGCCAUCUAGUGCGGGUAGUUCUAGGCAGAGCAGCGGCUUCGUUCCGUUCCCGAGCCCUUCAGAUAACGCCCUUCCCGAUCAAAACCUUCGCGUGCGGGUUUCAUCGCCUUUGUUAAGCCAUGAAUACCGAUCACGGGAAGCUGCGCCGCCGCUUCCCAAGUCGAAAAAAGUUCACCAUUCCGGUUCUUCGUCCACCCUUUUCUCCUAUUUCAGCUCGAAAGAAUCGUCCAAAUCAGCCAAGAACCAAGGACUCCAGCCUAGAGUACGACAUGGGCUCGGCAUUGAGCCACAAGUAACAUACACACAUGAGCAGCAUCCACCGAAGGAAUCGAAGCGGAAGAUACGUCCUCCAAAAAUUGAUCUUUCGGUCUUGUUUCCGAAGCCGCGGAAUCCCGCACCACAAACACUUCUUUCCCCCCACCGAAUGGUCAACUCUCCCUCUCCCGUCUCUACAAUGGUUCCGGAUCCUUCAUCCAAUAAGCUAGACAGGACGAUCAGCGGUACGAGCAACCCUACUACAGGGAGAUACGUCGACACGCCUCCCCGCCGACCUUCGCUCACCAAAAAUGACAUACCCAAGCAUGGCGUCGAUAAUUCGGAUUUGCCUUCAAUUGCAGAAAGCAAAAAUAGCGAGUGGUCGGAACAACCACUUGAGCGGACAGUCGGAACGAGUGAGAUUGAUAUCGCCCUGGAUAGAUAUGCGGGGCGGCGAUCACUUUUGAGUCGCUCAAGCAUGUAUACAACCAGCCGAGAGCAAUUACAGCCAGAACCGCAACGCCCCCAGGAACCUCAGAAGAACUCGAGACGUACUCACAGUCCCUCUCGAUCCAAGGAGAAUCCCUCUCGAUCUAAGGAGAAGUACUUGAGUCCUGCCUCAUGUCCAGAACCAAACCGUGGUCGCGGCUUGAGCACUUCCCAGGAAUCUUGGAAGACCAACGAGUCAAAUUCAAAGAGCGAGAAGAGCUUGUUGGCUAAGAAGGGUAGUAAAAGUACCUUGAAAAACAAGGAUCUGCGAAAUGUCAGUAUGCUUUGCCUCUCCUCUUCUUCAGAGGACGAGGAUGAGGAGGAGGACCAAACUCCAACCACCGAGUUAAAAGUCAAUGCGAACAAGUUUAGACGAGACAGUGUUGCUACCUACGGCGAAUACGAGCCUGAGGUCUAUACGGCUUCCACUGCCCAAGCGACCACCGCCACAGCGGUAAGACGCUUUGACCGGGCACUUUCAACUAGCACCCGUGGCUCCUACCAAACCGAAAAGAGCCUGCCAGUACCAGCAGCUCGCCCACGAAAGGCUUCUCAGAUUUCUCAGUCCUCGAAUGGCAAGUCUCCUAAGACAACACGACGGAGCACGCAAAGUCGCCGUUCGAGUGGAGUUCCGACUAUCCCGGAUGAAAUUCUUGCGCAAUUCCCACAGCAGCCUCUCCGCUCCCCCGCAGAGUUGAAAGAGUUGAACCGGAGGAGUCGUUUGAUCGCAGUAACACGCCAAGAGCAAGAUCUUCUCGAGGCGAUGCGUAUUCGAAAGGGCAAGGUAACUCCCAGUCUGUUCCAUGCCCACGGAACGGACAGAAUGUCGCUGGCCUCUGGCCCAUCGCGCGAUUCCUUCUGCGGUUCUGACACCUCGUUCUUGCGUCUCAGUAAUGUAUUCCCGCCAUUUGAUGGCCAAUCAGAAAAGGGGGCUACUCAAUACAAAGAUGGAUCGCUCUCCCAAAGCUCAGGCUCGGAUAGUGAACGGAAACCUCGCACUGCAGUUUCCUCUUCUGGUUUCAGUGCAGACUAUUCCGAGAGCUUGCCCUCCCCUUCCACCAGCGGUGCUUCGCCGCUGACCCCCACUUUGCCAAUUCAUCGUUUCUCGCCACUUCCCUCUCCAAAGCCACCCCCGAGAGGGCCCCCGCCUGCCAUCCCCGAUGACCAGAAGCAGCACACACGCCGUCGUACUGAUAGUAGCGAAGCUAUCCUGUUUGAUGAUGGCAGUUCAUCGAAACGCAACCAUGAUCUUCCUCUGUGGUCUUUCGACUUUGAUUGGAACAAGGAACGCACCAAUGUCGCUUCCGUGCACUGA